CCACCCCCACACAGGCCGCCCGGCUCCCACGGGCCAGCCACCACCGCAUCAUCAAUAUUUCAUUGGCGUCAGUAAGAGGCAGCAGCGGGGACGGCGGCUGCGGCAGCUCUCACGCCAGCUCCAGCCAAGCUCACCGGCCAGUCGGAAGGUCCAGGCUCCCGCCCCUGCCACCGCCAUGGACGUCUUCAAGAAGGGCUUCUCCAUCGCCAAGGAGGGUGUGGUGGGAGCCGUGGAGAAGACGAAGCAAGGGGUGACGGAAGCGGCCGAGAAGACCAAGGAGGGCGUCCUGUAUGUGGGGGCCAAGACCAAGGAAGGUGUCGUGCAGAGUGUGACCUCAGUGGCAGAGAAGACCAAGGAGCAGGCCAACGCCGUGAGUGAGGCCGUGGUCUCCAGCGUCAACACCGUGGCCAACAAGACGGUGGAGGAGGCGGAGAACAUCGUGGUCACCGCUGGGGUGGUGCAGAAGGAGGAACUGGAGCAGGCUGCUCCCACUCAGGAGGAAAAGGAAGUCAACGUGGAAGAGGAAGCAGUUGAGGAGGCCAAGAGUGGGGGCGACUAGAAGAUGCCUGCCAGCCGUGGGGGCACCAAGGAACACCCCUGUGCUGAACCUCAUCCUCUCCUGGCCCUGGAGUCAUCCUGCGCCUCCUGCCCCCCACCCCCCGUCUCCCUUCGUGUCCCCGUCAGCUCUCCCCUCCCCCCUCAUGCCCUCUCCUCCUUCUGACCUCAUAGAUGCUGCUGUAGUUUUUUUCAAGUGAUUCCAAAUAAAAUUAAAGUCCCUACCCC